AUGUUGUCGGGUCGGAUCAGGUCGGGUCGGGCUGAACAUUUUGCAAUUGACGUUGACUACGCUGAAUGGACAUUUCUUCAAAUGAACGAUGUUUAUGAACUGAUGCCUUUAAAUAAUGGUCAAGAUGGUGGAUUAGCUCGCGUUGCCGCCAUUCAAAAAAGAUUAAUGAAUGAAAAUCGACAGACUUAUACAUUUCUUGCUGGCGAUUUCGUAUCACCAUCGGCUUUGAGUCAGGCAAAAGUAAACGGAACAGCGUUGAAUGGAAAACAAAUGAUAAGCAGUUUGAAUGCUGUGGGUGUUAAUUAUGUAACAUUCGGAAAUCAUGAGUUUGAUUUGAAAAGAAAUGAUCUUAUUCAGCGAAUGAGAGAAUCUAAUUUUUCAUGGCUAGGUACAAAUGUAUUUGAGCGAUCGACAACAUCCAUGUUUAAUACAGCCGUUCGAUACGAGAUAAUUAAUGUUAAAAAGGUAAAAAUUCUUAUCUUCUCUUAUUCAACCGAUCUAAAUAUCGGUGGAUCGUCGCCAUACGUCACGAUCAUGAAUGGAACGUCGAUGAUACCGUUUAUUCAACGUUUUCUACAAUCUUUACGCAUCAAAUAUGAUGUACUCGUUGCAUUAACACACUGUGAUCUGAAAAUGGAUAUUGCAUUAGCAGAAGGUAUACCCCAAAUCGAUAUUAUCAUGGGAGGUCAUGAUCAUGAAAAUUAUUAUUUGGUUCGUGGUGAGCGUGGAACUCGUAUUUGUAAAGCGGAUGCCAAUGCAUUUAGCGUUUAUAUUCAUCGUUUCGCUUUUAAUUUAUACACAAGAAAGCUUUUUGUUGACAGCAAAUUAGUUCGAAUUACUCCUGAGAUUCCCGAUGAUUUUCUCACAGCGUCGGUUGUCAAAAAAUGGUUCUCCAUGGGUAUGGACGCGUUUACAAAAAGUGGAUUUCGACCCUACGAUACUGUAGUCACGUUUCCAGUUGGUGUUGAGCUUGACGGUCGAGACUCAUCUAUUAGAUAUCAUGCAACACUAUUAACCGACUAUAUUUGUAAAAGUUUAAUGUAUGAGACGAAUGCGACUGUUGGAUUGUACAAUACUGGCUCAAUUCGUAUCGAUGACGUUGUGAAGGGGAAACUCACUAACUAUGACAUUUUACGUAUACUUCCGUUCGAAGAUGAAGUUGUCAAACUUCAAGUGCCGGGCGCAGUACUUGCUCGUGUUCUCACACACAGCGUUUCAACACCAGGUGGUGGAAUGUUUUUAUCAUAUUGUGGCGUGAAAUCGAUAGAUGGAAAAAAUUGGGUGUUGGAAUCGGAUGGUGUUACAAAUAUAGAGAAAAAUAAUAAUUUAAUGUUAACAGUUGGUACACUUGAUUAUACUCAAAACGAGACUGAUUUGAAGAAUCCGCGUGUUACUCUGAUUAAAACAUUUGAUCCAAUAGCUGUUACUGUUAUGAAAUAUUUUCGAUUAUUGUAUAAAAGUAAAUAA